AUGACAGACACUCACCCCCUCGUGCUCUACGACAUCUCCUCCCCGCUCCAACCGCGGUCCUACGCGCCGAAUCCUUCAAAAGCCCGACUGGCGCUCAGCUUCAAGCGAGUGCCGUUCACGACGCACUGGGUCGACAUCCUCGAUAUCGAGACCGUGCGCAAGGGUCUCGGGUGCGCAGCAGUCCGCAAGCUGGACGACGGCUCCGACUUUUACACGCUCCCGAUGCUGCAGGACCCUUCCUCGGGCACUGUGGUGGGCGACUCGUUCGACAUCGCCACUUAUCUCGAGGACACGUUCCCAGACUCCGGCGCCGGCAGACUGUUUCCUCAGGACUCGACCGGCACGGGCCUCGACUACACGAGCCCGCACAUUGACGCAUCCUUCCCGGCGCCGCUGACAACUCACAAGGAUGCGAAGCAUGCGGCCUACGCACGCUUCAACACGCACGUCGACGCCACCUUCUCCGCGUACGUGGUGUUGGUCGCACACUCCAUGCCCUUCAACCCAUCCACCGCCGAAGCCACAAGGGCUUUGUUCGCCAAGCGCGCGCAUCUCUCUUCAUGGGACGACAUUCUCAUCCAAGGCGAAGCAAGAACUCAACUGACAGCCGCGUUCAAGGCCGGCCUCACGUCGCUGGCCCAGCUUUUCGCCGUCCACAAUACGGGGCCGUACCUCGAGGGUAACCAGGCAAACUAUGCCGACCUGAUCGUUGGGGGUUGGCUCAACUUGCUCUCGGCCACCAUGUCGCAGGACGAGUGGAAGGACUUCAAGACCUGGCAUGGUGGGGUUUUUGGCCGUCUUCAUGACGCGCUGCAGGAGAGUUACUUUGUGUGUAAGUAG